AUGCCAUUAUUAAGUCCUGGGCACGACACAGCUGAAAAAUACGGUUUCUUGCUGAUUAAAAACUCAAAACUAGUUCUCUUUGUGAACGAACUUGACUUGAUAUCCGGCGAUUCUCCAACGUACAGUGGCUUCGUUGUAGUCGUAGUUGGUGUCGUUGUAGUGGUAGUUGGCUUUUUCGUCGUUGUCGUAGUGGUCGUUGUAGUGGGUACCGUAUGAAGGGGAACGUAUCCCAGGGUUGUAUUCGCAUCCCACAAAUGUCAUGCCUGGGCACCACACAACUGCGCAACCAAUUUUGUCACUCUCCUGCCAAACCGCCUCAGAGUAGUGCCCAGCCAUUUUCCAUGCCCCUUCGGAGAAAAUAUUGUUUUUUGGGAACCCAUGUUUCCACACUUCACUAAACCACCCAGCAACGCCCUAAAAUUUGAUGACAUUUUUUCGAGGAACACACUCUCGAGCUUAAGAAUCUAA